AUGUCGCCGACAGAUGUGCCGCAAGAGGAGUUCAGCACCAACACGGACGACUACUCGGAAUACCCGCAGCUGUGUGACAAGAGCGAGCUGCAGCGGCUGGUGGUUUUACUGCAGCCGUGUGUCUACUCGCUGGUCUUCACUCUGGGGGUACUGGGGAACGGGUUGGUGUUGGCGACAUACGCGCAACACCAGCGGUUAUUAGUAACUGACAUCUACCUGCUCAAUCUGGCCGUGGCCGACCUGCUGUUUCUGUUCACGUUGCCCUUCCAUGCCGCCGCCUCGCAGCCCGGCUCGGUCUUUGGCCCGGUGUUGUGCGCGCUAGUACACACUGUGUACAAGGUGAACCUGUACAGCGGUUUCCUGCUACUCAUGUGUAUCAGCAUCGACCGCUACUUCUCCAUCGUGUGGGCCCGGGCGGCGCGGAGACUGCGCUCUCGCCAGCUGCGCCUCUGCCGCCACAUCUGUCUGGCUGUCUGGGUCAGUUCGUUGCUGCUCAGUGUCCCUCACCUCCUCUACAGCCGGGUGAAGCAGUACUCCGCCCGCCUCUGCCCCCUCGCCUACACCGCCGGCCUCAACAGUUGGAUGCGGGUGGCCACUCCGGCCGUCGAGAUGUUGCUGGGUUUUCUGCUACCCCUUCUGGUCAUGACCUUCUGCUACUCAGUGAUUGUUCGCACCUUGCUGCAGGUGCGCGGCUUGGAGAAGCACCGGACAGUCCGCAUGGUUCUGCUGGUCGGUCUGGUAUUCGUCUUGUGUCAGACACCCUACAACAUCAUGUUGCUGCUGGACACGGUGCGAGGCAGGGCGGGGUUGGAGUGUGAGCAGAUCAAGCGGCGAGACCUGGCGCUGCAGGUGACCAGCAGCCUGGCCUACACCCGCUGUUGUCUCAACCCGCUAGUCUACGCCUUCGUGGGCGUCAAGUUCCGCAGCAACUUGCUCCGGUGUCUGGGUCGCUGGCGCCGGAGAGCGAGGCCGAACAGCCUGAGUUCCAGCCGCGCCUUCAACCUCAACACCGAUAUCAGCACCGUGACCCGGUAG